AUGGCACCCUCAGCAACCACAACACCAGUGGCUUCUCAAGCGGGAAACAGCAAAUUCCAGCCAUUCCCAAGCCAUGCCACAAGUCUUGAAUAUGCAGCGUCACUCGAUGCUGCGGAUCCUUUGAGAUCAUUUCGGGACAAGUUUAUCAUCCCUUCAAAAGAGAAUCUGAAGGCUACCAAGUUAGCGAAACCGGAUCAUCUUGUUAGAGGCCUCUCACAAGAUGAAAGUAUCUAUUUCUGUGGCAACUCGCUUGGCUUGCAGCCGCGCGCUAUAAGCGAAUAUAUCACCGCCCACCUAGACACUUGGUCAUCAAUCGGAGUAAAUGGCCAUUUUAGGGACAUCACAGAUUCCCCGCUGAGACAGUGGCAGCUACUGGCAGAGCAGGCGGCCGGUGACAUGUCCCGACUAGUAGGUGCUGCGCCUGAGGAGGUUGCUGCUAUGGGGACAUUGACGGCGAAUCUACACUUGUUGCUUGCUAGUUUCUAUAAGCCAACCGAAACUAGAUCCAAGAUCCUGUUGGAUUGGAAGGCUUUUCCUAGUGACCAUUACGCUAUUGAGUCUCAAAUUGCCUGGCAUGGUCGGAAGCCCGAAGAGACAAUGGUAUUGAUUGGUCCAGACGAAGACGAAUAUGUCAUUUCGACUGAGAAGAUUCUGUCAAUUAUCGACGAGCACGCCGAUGAUGCCGCUUUGCUACUGCUUCCUGGAAUCCAGUACUACAGCGGACAAUACUUCGAUAUCCCAACAAUUACUCGACACGCUCAGUCCCACGGUAUUGUGGUGGGGUGGGAUCUUGCACAUGCUUAUGCAAAUGUGGACCUCAAAUUGCAUGACUGGAAUGUCGAUUUUGCAGCCUGGUGCACGUACAAGUACGGGAACUCUGGACCGGGAGGAAUGGGCGGUAUUUUCGUUCAUGAGCGACAUGGUUCCGUGGACUAUAGCCAAGGAGAAGACAAGCCAUUGUAUAGACAUCGUUUGACAGGCUGGUACGGUGGUGACCGUCUCGCUAACCUUGGCAAAGAGUUCAAACCCAUCCCCGGUGCUGGAGGUUUCCAAGUUUCAAAUCCAUCGGUCAUCGACUUGGCUUCAUUAUGUGCGACUUUGUCAGUGUUCAACGAAACUUCUAUACAACAAAUUCGAGAAAAGUCCCUCCUUAUCACCAGAUACCUCGAGUUCCUGCUGUGCGCUGACACGACGGAGGAGACAAGGAAGUUCCGUAUUAUCACCCCAUCAGAUCCUAAUGCUAGGGGGGCACAGUUGAGUUUACUGCUCAACCCGGGACUUCUGGAUCGAGUCGCUCAACGGUUGGAAAAUGCGGGUAUCAUUUGUGACAAGCGACAGCCAGAUGUUGUGCGAGUGGCUCCUGCUCCAUUGUACAACACCUUCACAGAAGUGUGGAAAUUUGUGCACGAGCUAAAAUCAGCCAUCCAGUAG